UACAGUUGGGAAAAGGUCAUUUAGAUCGAUAUAAAUACAUGUAGUCAUGAAACAUUUGUAUUUAAAUUAAUUUCUAAUAACAUUGAAACUGGCGGUUGGGUACGAUACUCGCAAGUUAUAAUCAUGUUUCGUACGAAGUGUAAGGAACACGAUCACUCUUCUUUCUACCAGUUCUUGCAAAUGGAGCACAGUCAUAAGAAUACUGACUGUUAUUUUUUCUACUAUUCUACAUGCAAAAAGGGUGAUAAUUGUCCAUUCAGACAUGAACCGUCUGCUUUGGGUUGUGAAACAAUGUGCAUAUAUUGGCAGCAGGGUAAAUGUCUAGAGGAGCAUUGUAAUUUUAGACAUAUGGAAUUAAAAAAAAAUCGCAAGACAAUUCCAUGUUAUUGGGAAACACAGCCUGGAGGUUGUAGGAAACCUCAUUGUUCAUUUAUGCAUAAGAAUGCUCGUACAAUUUCUAGUGACCCUAUUAAUCCGGUCAAAAAUACUGAUUUAACAUCAAAGACGCUAAACCAAGAAUGGUUAAAUCGUCAAGAUGACACAAAGUAUGAUGGUAGUAGCACCGAAUCGGAUCAAGGUAGAGGAAGCAGCGAAGCAGGCAGUUUUAUUGGCAGUCCAGCUGUUGAUCCUCUUAUCGUCAAAUUUGAAGAAGAGUCAGACAAUGAAAGUGUACCGUCCCCGGUUAAGCCGCAGCCGAGGGUUCCUUACUGUAAAACCUACGAAGAGAUACGAUUGGAGGAGAUCCAAGCUGAGAGCGCAGCCUAUUAUUCCUACCAGAUGGAAGACUCUCAGAGCGACGUGGCUGGUGACAAGAGCAAGGCACGUAAGACCCGAAGGACAUGCCUGCAACCUAAUAACGAGGUGAACGAUGAGAACACGAAAAAGGGUUUGGACUUUGAGGUAUUGACUUUGGAAGAGAUCCGUCGUCGAAAGAGGCGUAAAGCUAUGGAGGAAAACGAAACGAAAGAGUCUGACGAGAAGGAAGAAUCGAGCAGCGACUUCCUGAAGGAUGCUAUCAACACGUUGGCUGAAAUGAGGGACAUUACUUCCGUGAGGGGAGUGAAGAGACCGUUGGAGGAGUCUGAGGAAGACACGGACAGAUGUAAAGUCAGGUGCGAUGCUAAUCGUGCUAACUUUGGUAACGUUCCACCGGUUAAACUUCGAAGAUCACCGAAGAGGUUCACUUCGGUAGCGAAGAAUGAUUCGGAGGAGACUAACGAAGGGAGAAAGAGUCCUGUAGAUAGAUUAGGUAAUUCGGAGUCUAGUGUCGCUAGGAGGAAAGAGGUGGAGAUCAGACUUUGUGACAGUAGUACGGAUGAAACGUUAAUGAAAAGCGAGGAGAGAGAUUCAGGUGACAUUGAGGAAGCAAAGGAAAGUAUGAUUUCUUGCGACAGUUUGUUGAACGUGAACGAGGACGAGUAUCUAACGUUAGAUAUGGCGUCUGAUGAUAUCCUAAAGGACAUCGACGCUUUGCUGAAGGAGAAAAGCUCGGUUUGAAGAGAACAGACAGAGAUUCAAAGGGACAUGUUACUUAUGAAAUGAUAUUUUAUUCUCCUUUUUCGUUUCAUCGUUUAGCUUGCUUUUUCACGGUGUUUUUAGACGAAGAAUUCACUGCUGUGUUCAUUCAUAGCUGAUUGAUAGAUAAAUUGUGUAUAGUUUUUCUUCUUUUUUUUUUAAAAUGACAAAUUGCGAAAGAUGAGAACUAAGGGUGUUAAUAAAUAAUGGUCUCGAUAUUGGUCAUAAUUUUUGAUAUUUCAGUGUUUUAAAUGAAUUGUAUCUUUGUCAUUGCGUUUGAUGCAAAUUCAGUGCAUUUCUUUUAAUUUAUAUGCUUCAUUUGCAUAGUAAUUAUAUUUCUGUAUGUACAUAGAUUAUCGAACGACUCGAACGAAUUAGUGACAGAAAAUUUCAACUUCAUAUAAUGAUUCUUUCGAUUACAUAAAGGCACUUUAUUGAAAAGAUCAUUUGUUUUCUUGGAGCAAUUUGCUUGGUUCUAAAUUUUCUUUAAAAAUAGUGUACCUUUAGUAAAGUAUAAAUUGUAAUCGAAAGAAAUAUUGACGCGUUUGAAAUUUGAAGAUAGAAAAUGAUAUCGAGAAGAAGAAAUAUUUUCACGUACUCAAAAAACAAGGGAAAUGUGUUCUUUAAUGAUUAUUUCAUUCCGUACGUUGAUAACUAACUAAUAAGUAUAAAAAAAUAUUAUUGCAAUCUAAUGGAGAAGAAAAUGGUAACCCUUCACGGUCCAAUUUUUCCUUACUUUCGAAUGGAUUAUUCAAAUUGAUGGUGAACAAAUUGCCUAUACCAUAAUAUGUAUUAUAGCAAUGUAACUUUUAAUUCAUAAUGGUGUUGGGCUUUUAAAAUGAAACGUAACAACAGAACAUAUCAAAGUAUAUGUUAGAGAAAAUGGUAAGGAACCUGAAGGGACUCUUCAGUUUUAGUAAUAAUGUCUUUGAAAUAAUAUUAAUAUUCAUUGAAAUAUUUAUUUGUCAAAUAUUAGAUUUGAUUCUCUAUUUGAUAAUGAAUCCUUAGAACAAAUUAGCACUUUUGCUAUUAUAAUUAAAAUUUAUAAAUUUAUCUCAAAUACCAGUUUCUAAAUACACAGUUUGACUUCUAUAUUUGACUUCUAACAACACAAGCAAUCAUGUGUAGAAUAAAUUAAGAAGAUUAUUAGUUUCCUUGAUACUGGACCGUCAAGGGAAAUUUAUGUCACAAAAUACAAUUUUUCCAUUGUUAUUUAUCGAUCAAUUUCCACGUUCAAAUCUUUGUAAAUUAAACAAAUUACUUACCGUAACAUUAUCUAUAUUAGAACACUAGUUUAUAAUUUAAUUUUACGUGUUUUUUGUAUGAAGGGAAAACUAGCAAAUUUUAACAAAGAACCUAUGCAGCGUAGUUAAAUUUUUGUUUAUAUAAAUCAAGUAAUUGACGUUCGAAAUUUUAGUGAAAUUGUAUUCUUGAAUUUGAAAAGCAGUUGGAAAAAAAGUCAUUAGUAAAAGGAAUUGGUGUAAACUACAUAAAACUCUAUUUUGUAAAUGACUCGAACUUUUCAAAUUUCAGUAUUACAUUAGUUUUAUUUAAUUAAAUUUCUAUCGCGAAUAUUGAUAUUUUCCGAGAGGUGUUAAUUGUGCUGUCAUUUCCGGUAAUUAUUCUUUCAGAACGAAGAUGUUGGAUAAAUUGAAGUACCUUCUAAUUGUAUAAUAAAACAAAAAGUAUUCAAUUGGAACAAAUACACAAUUGUUACAU